AUGCCUGAAAUACAAGAGAAUCAUAAGGCGAAAAAGGACAGCGAGGUCCAGGCCGGGGAAACUGUCUUCAAGCCAGUGUCAAGAUUAACAAGAUGGUAUCGAAGUCCACUUUUCAACGUCAUCAUGGUUGGAUUGAUCUCCUUCACCCAACCCGGCAUCUGGAAUGCCCUCAACAACACGGGCGCAGGCGGACAACAAGAGCCCUACCUCGUCAACGGCGCCAACUCGCUCACCUUCGGAAUCAUGGCCUUCGGCUGCUCCAUCUUCGCGGUCCUAUCCAACAAAUUCGGUCUCAAGACCGUGCUCAUCCUCGGAACCCUAGGCUACGCCCCCUACUCGGCGUCGCUUUACGUCAACAACCGCUACGGCACCGAAUGGUUCGUUCUCUUCGGCGGCGCCACCUGCGGGAUUGCCGCCUCCGCGCUGUGGGCUUCUGAAGGCGCCAUCGCGCUAGGCUACGCAGACGUCAAGGAACGCGGUCGAUUCACGGGGAUAUGGCUCGGGCUGCGCGAACUGGGCCAACUGAUCGGCUCCUCGAUCCAACUCUCCCUCAACGUCAGAGACGGCAAGCGCGGAAAGGUAGGCUACACGACCUACCUCGUCCUCAUCGGGAUCCAAUGCGCCGGCCUCCCCCUCGCCAUGUUGGUAUCACCACCCCAAAAGGUCCUCCGCGCCGACCGCCGCAAGCUCUCCGACCCAACAACAAACACCAACCUCAAGAAGGAAUUCGCAAAAUGGUGGCGCCUCCUCCGCACCAAGCAAUUCUUCCUCCUCAUCCCCAUCCUCGUCGGCUUCAACUGGAACAACACCUACCAAGGCAUCUACCUGACAAAGUACUUCAGCGUCCGGUCGCGUGCCCUAGGUGCCCUGUCCUCCGGCCUCGCCGCCACAGCCGCAAACAUCUUCUGGGGCUGGUUCUACGACCUCAAAUACUUCAGCCGACCGCAACUCGCAAAACUCACCUGGUCCCUCUUCUCCAUCGUCAUGCUCGCCCUCUUCGCGUGGCAGGUCGUGAACGAGAAGAGAUAUGCCGAUGCUGCGCCAAAGGUCACGCUCGACUGGGCGCAACCGGGUUUCGGCCGCGGGUUCGCCGUCAAUGUGCUCUUCCGGUUCAUGAACGAGUCGCAUUACAUGUUUGUGUAUUGGAUCCUUGGGACCUUCUUUGAUGAUAUUGAGACGUUGACGCUCGGGGUUGGCCUGGUGAGGACGUUUGAGUCGGUAGGAUCGGCUAUUGCGUUUGGUGUUGGGGCGGCGAAGGUGAAGCCCAUGGUGAAUUUGAUCAUCGCGUUUGUGGCGUUUGUGGUGUGUAUUCCCACUACGUUUGCGGCGGUGUUUUUGGUACCCGAGAGGCCGGUGGAUGUAAGGAAGUUGGAAGAUGAUGGCGCGGAUUCCGCGGACACUGACAAGGAUGUGACGCCGGGGAAGGAGCUCGUCGAGAAGGCGUAG